AUGACGCAAGAAAUAGGUGACGUGGAAAUUUCUCACGUGAGUACAUCAACAAGUGAACAAGCAGCUAACACCAUUAUGGAAGUAGACGAUGAUGCUAAUGUUAUACAUAAUGAAUGCAGUAAGGGGGUGCUGCGUAAAUCCAAAUCAGGUCGAUGGUGGAAAUCGGUUCGGAAAGAAAGGUCUUCCGCUGUUGUGAAAGUGAAACCGCUGAAAUCAUCGUGGGAGCGUAAGAUGCGUUUAAAGGCAAAUCUGGAAAAUGUUAAAAAGAUGCAGCAGGAAGUGCGUGAUAAGUUAGCUGCCAAAAAAGCGGCUAAAAUAGAAGCGCGGAAAGAGCAUGAAAGAAGGCAAAAAGAAAAUGAGAGGAAAGCGGAAAUCGUCCAAGUUAUUAAGAAUACAGAAAAGCUAAAGAAAACGAAAAAGAAGCAGCUGAGAAGAAUCGAGAAACGUGACACGACUUGA